GAGCGGAGGAGGCGCGACUCCGUGAGUCUCAGCCGGGGCACUGCUGCUGAAUUAGCUGCUGUUAUGGAGUCCGACAGCGGCUCCAGGCUUUAAACUGGACAUUUUGACGACCAGGUACUCUGACAUUUCUGGAAUGAAGGACUACAUUUGCACCAGCUGCUCUGAUGCUACUCCAACUCCUUCAAAAGUAACAAUAAGGAAUGAAUUUGAAUGAAGGACAGGAAACGGGUUCUAUCGGCUGCUUAUCAUGCGUUCAGGGAGCCGUGUACAGACAAAAUCAUCUCAGUUAAAGAAGCCGACAACAGAUAUGGUGACAUAGUGGUGUUUAACAUGGAGGAGACCAGCUCUUUGAACAUCUCUGUUCUUUACUCACAAUGUUUUUAUACACAGACAUAAAUUGAUGGUGUCAAUGGAAAGAAUCUGAGAUUUGACUCGAUUUUGCCUUUUGCCCCUCGUUUAUUUGUUCAUUCAUUUGUUUUCUGUGGGCUGGGGGGGUGGGGGGGUCAUCCCCACGAUGCUGGGUGCUGGCUGCGUGCGACGUCUCUUCCGCCAGCUCACGCUCCAGACCAUCUUUCUCCUUCUCUUCCUCUUGUGCAUGCUCAGCGUCUUCAUUUCUGCCUACUUCCUGUAUGGCGUCAAAAGGGAGUUCGAGCCUUCUGCUGGAGCCGUGCCAGAGGACUGCGAUGAUGAUGUCACGGCAUCACGGCUCCUGCCGCUCCAGGAUGAAGGGGCCGGAGAUGCGGCGGCAGAUGGCAGCCAGACCGACCCGGUGGUUCUCGUGUUUGUCGAGAGUCAGUACUCCCAGCUGGGUCAAGACAUCGUAGCUGUGCUGGAGUCGGCCCGGUUCCGGUACCACACAGAGAUCUCUCCAGGGAAAGGAGACAUGCCUACGCUGACAGAGCGCGACCGAGGCCGCUUCGCCCUCAUCAUUUACGAGAACAUCCUGAAGUACGUCAACAUGGAUGCCUGGAACAGGGAGCUGCUGGAUAAAUACUGUGUGGAGUAUGGAGUGGGAAUUAUCGGCUUCUUCAAGGCGAAUGAGAACAGUCUCCUGAGUGCCCAGCUGAAAGGUUUCCCUCUGUUCCUGCACUCAAAUUUGGGUCUAAAGGACUGUACCGUCAACCCCAAAUCACCCCUCCUGCACAUCACCCGCGCCCACGAGGUGGUCAGAGGUCCUCUGCCUGGUGAUAACUGGACCGUGUUCCAGUCUAACCACUCCACAUAUGAGCCAGUACUGUUAGCGAAGACCCAGUCAGCAGAGAACAUAGGCCUACACGCUGUCCUCCACACAUCCGUGGUUCAGGACCUCGGCCUCCACGAUGGCAUCCAGCGCGUGCUGUUCGGCCACGGCCUGGCCUUCUGGCUACACAAGCUCGUGUUCGUGGACGCUGUGGCCUUCCUCACAUCUAAGAGGCUCUCACUGUCCCUGGAUAGAUAUGUUCUGGUCGACAUUGACGAUAUCUUCGUUGGAAAAGAGGGCACCAGGAUGAAGAUGGCUGAUGUAGAGGCACUGGUACAGAUGCAGGAUGAGCUGCGGAAGUCAAUCCCAAACUUCACCUUUAACCUUGGCUUCUCAGGGAAGUUUUACCAUGCAGGUACUGAUGAGGAGGAUCUGGGCGAUGACCUGUUGUUAUCGUAUGUUAACGAGUUCUGGUGGUUUCCACACAUGUGGAGUCACAUGCAACCUCACCGCUUUCAUAACCAGAGCGUGUUAGCAGAACAGAUGCUCUUGAACAGACGCUUCGCUGAGGAGCACGCUAUCCCCACACACCUGGGUUAUGCAGUGGCUCCUCAUCACUCAGGCGUCUACCCCAUUCACGUGCAGCUCUACGAGGCCUGGAAGAAAGUGUGGGGCAUCCGAGUGACCAGCACAGAGGAGUAUCCUCAUCUCAAACCUGCCCGCUACCGCCGCGGCUUCAUCCACAGCGGCAUCAGCGUGCUGCCGAGGCAGACUUGUGGUCUGUUCACUCACACUAUCUUCUAUAAAGAUUACCCAGGAGGCCCUCAGGAGCUCGACAAGCUCAUCAACGGAGGGGAACUCUUCCUCACUGUAUUACUCAACCCAAUUAGUAUCUUUAUGACUCAUCUUUCUAAUUAUGGAAAUGACCGUCUGGGGCUGUACACUUUUAAGAAGCUGCUGCGUUUUCUGCAGACCUGGACUCACCUGAGGCUGCAGACCCUGCCUCCUGUUCAGCUGGCUCACAAAUACUUCAGCCUCUUCCCGUCAGACAGAGAGCCACUCUGGCAGAACCCUUGCGAGGAUAAGAGACACAAGGAUAUCUGGUCUAAAGAGAAAACAUGUGAUCGCUUCCCUAAGCUGCUUGUGAUUGGGCCACAGAAAACAGGGACAACCGCUCUGUAUCUGUUCCUGGGCUUGCACCCUGACCUCAUUGGAAACUAUCCCAGCAAAGAGACAUUUGAAGAGAUCCAGUUCUUCAAUGGGCGCAAUUACCACAGAGGAAUAGACUGGUACAUGGAGUAUUUCCCCCUCCCCUCCAACACCAGCUCAGAUUAUUACUUUGAAAAGUGCGCUAACUACUUUGAUUCUGAAUUAGCAGCGGCCAGAGCAGCAGCUCUCCUGCCUAAAGCUAAAAUCAUCACCGUCCUCAUCAGUCCUGCAGAAAGAGCCUACACCUGGUACCAGCACCAGAGAGCACAUGAUGAUCCAGUGGCUAUGAAAUACUCUUUUCAUGAUGUCAUCACUGCACCCCGUGAUGCUCCUGCAAAGCUGCGCGUCCUACAGAGCCGCUGUCUGGUGCCGGGGUUGUAUGCCAUUCACCUCGAGCGCUGGCUUACACACUACCACCCCAAUCAGAUUAUGGUUGUGGAUGGACAGAUGCUGAAAACUGAACCAGCAUUAGUCAUGGAUAAAGUCCAGAAGUUUUUGGGUUUAACGAAUACCGUGAACUACCACAAGAUCCUGGCGUUUGAUCCUAAAAAAGGUUUCUGGUGUCAGCUCCUGGAGGGAGGAAAGACUAAGUGUCUGGGAAAAAGUAAAGGAAAGAGAUACUCAGAUAUGAAGUUAGAGUCCCAUUUGUUUCUAAGAGAGUACUACAGAGAUCAUAACAUUGAGCUGUCAAAGCUGCUGUACAGGAUGGGCCAGCCUUUACCCACUUGGCUCAAAGAUGAACUUCUUAACACUAGGUAGCUUUGAGCCUUGUUCCUCCCCUCUGUCUGACAAUGGUACAGUCGCCAGCACCAGUCAUUGGUCUGAAGUGGAAUAAACCAUCGAUAUUGUCAUGGGUGAGGAAGCCAUGUCGCAGUGGAUUUCCCCUGUUGCGUUCAGAAUAUAAAGUGGUUUGUAAAAUAUAACAUCUCUACAUCUGCUUAUUAAAACCCCCAUGGGGUAGUAUGUAAUGUCACAGACUCAUCCGAAGAGGAACUGGUACAUCCUCUCACUAUAUCGUGACAGAUCUAAGUGCGUCAUACUUAAUAUGGUAUUUAGUACUGGCUUCUCUCACUUCUUCUUGAUAAGAGGAAGAUUAAAACACAUCGGAUGUGCUGAGAUAAGCCACGUCAGCAGACAGGAACUUGCGAUUUCCUCAUCUGUAAAGAUUAAAUGCACUGACCAUGAUGGUAUGGACGAACUACCGUUUCUUCACCUCAGGACUUCUCUGUUUUGGAGCCACCGGAGCAAGAGUGUGUAUUUUAAAAGUGCCAGUAAUUAAAGGCUGCACUGGGGUUUUGUACAGUGUAACUACAUCAUGCUCUUUAUAUGUAUAUGACCUAAUUACAAAGCCCUUGUUCAGCAUGACCCUGACACAGUGCCACAGCAGCCAUCAACACUAAACGAAUGAGUCGUAAUUAAACGCAAAGCCUGAUCGGUAUUGAUGUAAUCUUUUUUUUUUUUUUUUUUUUUAAUCAUUGUUAAGGGGGUAAUGAUUUCCCACAGCUAAUUUCUUGCCGUUUGUCUACUUAUUUUAUCCUGAAUCAUCACCAAGCUUAAUACAGCUCUAACAGGUAACAAGUCCUUAGGCUGGGUGUACCCUGCUCAGUUCAGAGUGCUUCAGUUGCCAUGUUUUGGAAAAUUAGAUUGAGUACAAGGUCCAAAAAUGUAAGUUUGUUAACACAGAGAGAGCCAUGCAUUCAUGGUUCAUUCAGAAAUAUAUGAAUAUUGAAUGUGGAGAGUUAUAUUUAUAUGGUGUCACAGAAUACAUUAAAUUUAUCUUGCUUUCAUAUGAGAAUUGUAUGGAGAAAAAAACCCCAGCUAGAAUAUUGUUUUGUAAAGAAAUCUUGAAUAGUACAGUUGAUUGCAAACGCUUGCACCCCUGAUGUUUUAAAAUUAGAAAACAAAAUCUACUGUUAAUGUGCUUUUCAUCCCAACCCCUACAUCAUUCAUUUCAGCCUUUCUUCACACAUCUCAAUUCCUCCUUCACUCAUCCCAGCCCCUCCCUUUUUCAUCUCAAAUGCUCCCUCGUACAUCCCAAACCCUACAUCAGUCAUGCCAACCAAUCCCCUUUUCAUCCCAACACCUUCCCAACCUCAAGAGCCAAGCCUUCAUACCCCACCAUACCAAACCUCAUCUGGAUCUAACGUCAGUCUUUCCACCUCUUUUCCACCAGUCCCACCUGCCAAAGCGACCGCUCACUCAUCCCUCCUCCUAUAGAUUCGAUCUAAUCAAUGUUUGCCAAAAAAAUCUCCAAAGUGGGGAUAUUCCCUGCACUAUUAACAUCAGCCAUCUAAUCCUCUCGUUCAAAUCUUCCAACUCACACUCUCCUAAAACACUCACUGGUUCUGCACUGGCCUUUUCUGCCUACCACAGCGUAAUCUUGCUCUGACUUCUCACCUAAUCGAUAGGAACUCCAUGACUACCUUGCCAUAAUAUCAGUUCUAUCUGUUCACUUUGAUGGAACCAGCUUUGGUGAAUACAGUUGUCUCUUCUCAGCCCACGCCUCAGCAUAAAGUUGCUGUCUGGAUUUAGAACUGUACUGCUGCAUCUUAACUGUGGCAUAAGUGGCUCUCCGUCCCAUCUUGUAUCCUCAUGCUUAGUGGCUACUGUUCAUCCACCAAUUUGAUAUGAAUUUUUAUUUUAUUAUUUUAAGAUGUAAGUAUUACCUAAAUUAUGUUUUAUACUAAUUUUUCAACUUUAAACUUUUUUUUUUAAAUGCACCACUUCUUGAUAAUGGGCUUUCUGUACUCUUGCUCAGUACUUUUUUUUUUUUUUUUUUUACUUUAUUUUGUUUAAUGUUUACAGUUAAAAUGCAGGACAUCAGGACUCUGGGAUUAUACAAAUGGCAGUGGAUUGCAUUUUCUGAGGCUGGGAAUGUGGUAUUAUUGCUCUACUAAAAAAGUAAGACGUUAAGUAUAGUAACUUUAUCUUCACUUCCUGGUUGGAGACUAUGUGAAUUAUUGUUUUUUUGUUUAGCCCCCCCCCCAAAUGAUGUAUUAUUUUGUUACAUUCUUAUUAUUAUUUUAUUAUUUUCUUUGUUACUGUACAAAACCAUGCAGGAACCCCUAGUGAAUGUGAUGCAUUACAUGCUUUUCACCACAGACCUGUAACAUGUAUUUACAGGAAACACAAUGUAUGAGAACACUAAUGAGCCUACCUUUUUUGAAAACCAGGAAGUUUUUUUCGCUUUGUGUUUUCUCCGGGGCAAUGAAAUUAUAAAUGUUCCUAUAUUAAACUUAGUUUGUGGUUUUAAUCAGAUUCUACGCCAUGCCAUAUUAUUACACUUUUCCGCCAGACAGAAGAAUACGGUUGCAGCAUUUUGACAGUUUUCACUGCAAUGUGAGUAGAACCAUACCCAAGCACUUAUGCUACAAUCAGUUAGCCUUCUUACCCAGGUUCCAUGCAUAGAAGUGCAGAACAGGGGUUUAACACAAUGCCAUUGUCAGUAUAUGUAUCUGUUCAGAGCUCCAAGUAUUCCUAACAGUAUCUGCAUUCGGACUUAAACUAGAUGUGGGUGUGGCCUAAAUUACAAGGUUUUUUUUGUUUGUUUGUUUUUUUGUUUUGUUUUAUUUUAAACCCCUGCCUGCAUAGCCAUUAUUUUUGUUUGUUUUGUACCUGUUGUAUUUUCUAACGAGUUUAUUUGGUUCAAUUUCGCAGAAUAUAAACAAACUUGUAGCCCAUUUAAACUCUGAUGAACCUGACCAGGCAGUUACUAAGGAUGACUGAAUGAAUGCAAUAAAUGCAUUGCUGUAAAUACGUCAUUCACAUUCAUGUUAAUGACUGUGAUCUUUCGUUGUCCCGAGAGCUUCAUAUCUGACAGUUCAGUCGCAAGAAAAUAAAAACCUCCUGCUAGUGUGA